CUUAGAUUUCCAUUGUUGCAUCAAAUUCAUCAAUCCUUAUCGAUUUUAUUUUGAGGGUGUCUGUAAAAUAAGAUUGGGGCCUAAUUUAUUGUUUGAACACUUGACAAUAACAUGGUAAGCAAAGCCAUGUGAAGCUUCAUGUGCUAUUGUCUCUCAUCACCAGUGGCCACCAAAUUCUCUUUCACAUUUUAUUUGAAUAUCAAACUUACCACUAAUUUUGUAUAUAUACAUAGAAAGUUUUUCUAUGCAAAACACAAGUCUCACUUGCUGAGUAUUACUCAAAAUACUUCAUUCCUUUUCUUUUUCACUCAUCAUUUGACGUUACAAAAGUAUCUCGCAAUGGGUAUCAAAAUGAGUCCUCUUAUUCAAGGUACUAGAAUAUUGAGGAGGUUUUCAAAUUCCAGAGGUGUUCCCAAAGGACAUUGUGCUGUAUAUGUAGGAGAGAGCCAGAAGAAGAGAUUUGUUGUACCAAUAUCUUACUUGAGCAAGCCUUUAUUUCAAGACUUGUUAACUCAAGCUGAAGAGCAGUUUGGCUUCGAUCAUCCAAUGGGCGGUCUCACAAUACCUUGCAAAGAAGACGUGUUUGUUGAUCUCACAUCCCGCUUGAGAUCAUGAAUCGUAUCAAAGUGCAAAUUCUCUUGCACAAGAAAUUUUGUAAAGUAGUAGUAGGACUUAGAUAUUAGAAAGAGUAAAAUCCACUGUAUAGUUCAGAAACACAAGAAACUAGAAAUUUCUUCAAUGAUCAAUUCAUGAAUAGAAAAAGUACUGGUUCUGAUAA